AUGAAAAAUUGUGUAAUUUUCCUUUUUCUGUUUUGCGCAUGUAUCAAGUAUGUCAGUUGCCAUGCCGAUCAAAUAAUUAACGAAAAAUUGACCAGCCUGGUUUUUAUGAGUUGUAAUUACCAAAAGGGGAAGACAAAUGAGAAGCUAAUAAAAUCGGUGGCGAAGAAGAAGCCACAACUUAUGCUCUGGGUUGGAGAUUACUUUUACUCAGAAUGUAAAGACUUGAAAUGCCUGCACGAAGCGUAUGAUUAUAUUAACAAGGAUCCCUUCUACAUAGAUUUAAAAAAAAAGUUUGUAAUUGACGGCAUAUAUGAUGAUCAUGAUUAUAAUAAAAAUAAUGGAGAUCGACUGUAUGAGCAUAAGAAGGAAAGCAAAACGCAGUUCUUAAACUAUCUGAAUGUUCCAAAAAAUGACGUGAGGUACAAACGGAAUGGUGCAUAUAUUUCGAAAUUGUAUAUAGACCCAGAGAAUGAAAAGAAUCAAGUGAAAAUUAUCAUUUUAGACACCAGAUAUAACAAAGACCCGUACCCCUUUUAUGCGCCUGAUUCAUACCAUGACGGUUUUAUGCAUAUGUUCGUCUCGUUCGCUGUUCGUUUUCACGCUGCUCUGUUCGGUUUAUACUGCGAUAGCAAGAAUGACAUUUUGGGCAAUGAGCAGUGGACAUGGCUGGAGAAGGAGCUUACCAACUCGAGUGCUCGGGCGCACAUUGUCAUUUCGUCUACUCAGAUUUUCUCCAACCAUGUAGUGAACGAAAAUUGGGGAUUAAUGCCAUUCGCCCAGAAGCGACUAAAAUAUUUAAUGAAUAAAACCAAACCAAAGGGGUUAAUCUUCCUAAGUGGUGAUGUGCACUUUGGAAGCAUACUUGGAAACGAAGAAAAUGUGCUGGAAGUCACAAGCAGUAGCGUAAAUCAGGAGAACAUAUUUAGCUACAUCAACAAUUAUUUCAUUUAUUUCUCCACUUAUUUUCUAAACAAGAAGAGUCCCUUCGAGUUAAACAAGAUAUUUGCAUUUAACAAUUUUGGCUCACUUAGCAUAUCAUACAUAAACGACGACGAAAUAAAAAUAAAAUCCGCAAUUCAUGACUCGGAUGGUAAUGAAAUUAUCGUGGCCAACCAAUCGUUUAAUAAAAAAAAAAACGUGUAUCAGAAAACACAGAACUUACACCUAUUGCAUGAUGACAUAGCAACGUUCGCGUGUAAGAGCAACGCAAAGGUGUGUAUACAAGUCAUAAUUUACAUACUGUUUGUGUUGUGGUUCUUGCAAAUUAUUUUCAUCUUCUGUAAGCUGCUCGGUUUUUGUAAGAAAAAGGUCGCAGACAAAACGAAGGGUGAGUAA